GCCCAGUAGAGGGAGGGGGGGGACAACAGCCCUCACCUCCCCCGGCCACCCAGCUACUCCCCAGAGUUCCCAUUAGCAGGUAAUAGCCCCAGCCCUGGGGUGAUGAGGAUGAAAGUGUCAGAGUGAGAGGGUUUAGGGCAAGGAGCAGUGGAGCAGUGGAAAACGAGGAGAAAUGAUGUCAGAGGAAUCGCGACCACCGAUUGGAGUGCAGAUUCCAGAGGAGAGCCUAUAAAAUGGGGAAAGUCAACACCAGGAACAAGCAAAGGGAGGGAAAAGUUGGAACGUGAGAAAUUCCAGGAACUUUUCAACAUCCUCUCUCUUCUCCUGUGUGUGUAUGUGUGUGUUCCAGACUGUCUAAAACCAAAGAUGCUGGGGUGCGGUUGUGUGCUUCUCUCGUGUCUCCUGACGGUGACUCUAUUCCACUGCAGCGUAGACAGCCUUCGCCUCACCCAGGAGAGCCCAGAGUACCUGGACCCAGUGGUUCUGGAGGAGUCAGGCCUGCAGGCCCGGUCCAGUGAGCAAAAGGCAGCAGGGGCUUUGACGGCCAAGUUACUACUACUUGACCACCUGGACCGCCUGGAGAAUGACGUCAUUGAGACCAAGAUGAAGAGGAGCUUCCCAGGGUCCAACACUCCACUGGACCGCCUCUCCAUCAGCACCAUGGACCCUAAGGGCUCCAAGCAGAGGAAAGUUGUUGAACUGCCACGGAGGCGAGUGAGUGUUCCUAUUGACCGGAUUGGAGUGGGCCGUCUACCUAGCAGCCGAGGGUAGACCCCCCCCCAUCCACCCAUCCCCUUACCUGGACAGGGGAUUCUACCAUAGGUAGAAGAUGCAUGGAAAGCACAUCAACACGCCACGACCACUCCUCUUGCCCUACCAAUCCCCACCUCACCCCAUCACCCUACAUACGUACACUAUGGCACAAAUCACUUCCUCAUUAUAGUUCUGAUGUGAUGUAAACUACCCCCCCUUACUCCCCACUUCCUUUCCCCGUCCUCAGUGGUGAUACUGUGGAGGGAUAUAGUGUGGCAACGUCCUAAAAAGCACAUCACUACCAUAGCAACACACAUAUUUACCCAUAAUGCCUGUGGGCACUCUUGCCUUUUUUGCUCGUUUGUAGGACAUGCACACAUGGUCUGUCUGUUCACUUUGACUGAAGGCUGACUGGGUGGCAAUGGCCUUGACAUUAAAAAAUGAUUAUAAGACAA